GUUAUGGGCAAGUCAGAAAGCCAGAUGGAUAUAACUGAAAUGAAUACUCCAAAACCAAAGAAGAAACUGCGAUGGAGUGGCCUGGAAAUAGGGCUAACUGUUGUAGUGAUUCUGCUAGCUAUUGUAGCGAUCACAAUGAUAGUUCUGUAUGCAACAUAUGAUGAUGGGGUCUGCAAGACAUCAGACUGUAUAAAGUCAGCAGCCCGAAUCCUUGAGAACAUGGACACGACUGCAGAGCCUUGUAAUGAUUUUUACCAAUAUGCCUGUGGAGGAUGGCUUAAGAGGAACGUCAUUCCAGAAACCAGCUCCCGUUAUAGUAACUUUGACAUUUUAAGAGACGAACUAGAAGUUGUUUUAAAAGAUGUCCUUGACACACCAAGCACCAAUGAUAUAACAGCAGUGCAGAAGGCAAAAACUCUGUACAGAUCGUGCAUAAAUGAAACUACCAUUGAUAGCAGAGGUGGAACACCUUUAAUCAGUUUAUUGCCAGAUGUAUCUGACUGGCCUGUAGCAACAACCAACUGGGAAUCUUCCUAUGGUACUGCUUGGACAGCUGAGACGGCUAUUGCACAGCUGAACUCCAAAUACGGAAAAAAGGUCCUUAUUAAUUUUUUCGUUGGCACAGAUGAUAAAAAUUCCACAGCACAUAUCAUUCAUAUCGACCAGCCUGGGCUUGGCCUGCCUUCUCGGGACUAUUAUGAAUGCACUGGUGCAUACACAGAGGCAUGUUCCGCCUAUGUUGAUUUCAUGAUUUCUGUAACUAAACUAGUCCUACAAGAAAGAAAUAUUUCUUUCAGUGAGGCUGAUAUUUCUGAACAAAUGAAAAGAGUUAUGGACCUGGAGAAAGAGAUUGCCAAUGCAACAACAAAGUCUGAAGACAGGAAUGAUCCACUUCUGCUGUACAAUAAAAUGACCUUGGCACAACUCCAAAACAAUUUCUCCUUGGAAAUUGAUCAUAAGGUAUUCAACUGGUCAAAGUUCAUAAAUGAUAUAAUGUCAACUGUACAAAUUAACGUUGAGAACACUGAACAUGUCGUUGUCUAUGAUCCAGAAUACCUUAUCAGGCUGAAGUCUAUUCUUAAUAAAUACACUCCCAGAGACCUUCAAAAUUACAUGAUCUGGCGAUUCGUAAUGGAUCUUGUCAACAGCCUAAGCCGUAACUACAAGGACACGAGGAAUACUUUUCGUAAGGCACUAUACGGCACAACAUCAGAAACUGCUGUUUGGCGUCGUUGCGCAAACUAUGUCAAUGGCAACAUGGAGAAUGCAGUAGGACGAUUAUAUGUAGAGGAAGCAUUUGCUGGAGACAGUAAACACAUGGUUGAGGAAAUGAUUGCAGACAUACGUGAUGUUUUUAUAAAAACCUUAGAUGAGCUUACCUGGAUGGAUGCAGAAACCAAAACCAAAGCAGAACAAAAAGCAAGAGCAAUUAGGGAGAGAAUUGGUUAUCCUGAUGAGAUCGUGACUGAUGACAAUAAGCUGAACAGUGAGUAUGAGGAGCUGGACUACAAAGAAGAAUACUACUUUGAAAACAUUAUUCAAAAUUUAGUAUUUACCCAGAAGAAAAGGUUGAAAAAGCUUAGAGAAAAGGUGGACAAAGAAGAGUGGAUAAGUGGAGCUGCUGUUGUCAAUGCUUUUUAUUCAGCAAGUAGAAAUCAGAUAGUCUUCCCAGCUGGCAUUUUGCAACCCCCUUUCUUCAGUGCAUCCCAGCCCAGAUCUCUGAAUUAUGGUGGCAUAGGCAUGGUCAUCGGUCAUGAAAUCACACAUGGUUUUGAUGACAAUGGCAGAAAUUUUAAUGAGAAUGGAGACCUUGUAGACUGGUGGACUGAAGAAUCGGCAAGCAAUUUUAAGGAGCUAUCCCAGUGUAUGGUGUACCAGUAUGGAAACUUCUCAUGGGACCUAGCAGGUGGACAGAAUCUGAGUGGAAUCAACACACUAGGAGAAAACAUUGCUGAUAACGGCGGUAUUAGACAAGCAUAUAAGGCCUAUGAAAACUUUGUGAAAAAGCACGGAAAAGAAAAGCUUCUACCUGGUCUUGAAAUGAACCAUAAACAGCUGUUUUUCCUGAACUUUGCACAGGUAUGGUGUGGAACAUACAGACCAGAAUAUGCUGUGAAUUCCAUCAAAACUGAUGUGCACAGCCCAGGCAAAUUCAGGGUCAUAGGAUCAUUGCAGAACUCUCCAGAGUUUUCUGAAGCCUUUUCAUGCACCAACAGAAACUACAUGGAUCCUGCUAAAAAGUGCCGUGUUUGGUGA